AUGGCCCGCCUGACAACGCUCGCCCUUCUGGCCGCCGCCGCCCUCCCCAAGGCCGCCCUCGCCUGGGGCUCCAUGGGCCACGCGACAAUCGCCUACAUUGCCACAAACUUUGUCGCCCCCGAGACGAAAAGCUAUAUGCAGCAGCUCCUGGGCGACACGACAGACGACUAUCUCGCCAGCGUCGCCAGCUGGGCCGACUCAUACCGCUACACCACCGAGGGCGCCUUCUCCGCCGGCUUCCACUUCAUUGACGCCCAGGACAACCCCCCGCACUCGUGCGGCAUCGAUCUCGACCGCGACUGCGGCGCCGGGGGCUGCAUCAUCUCCGCCUACGCAAACUACACCAACCGCCUCCUCCAGAAGCCCGCCCUGUCCCUCAAGCAGCGCCAGAUGGCCGCCAAGAUGAUCAUCCACUUCACCGGCGACGUCGGCCAGCCUCUCCACUGCGAGAACCUCGAGCUGGGCGGCAACGACAUCGACGUCGAGUUCAACGGGGCCAGCACGAACCUCCACGCCGUGUGGGACACCAGCAUCCCGCUGUCCAUUGCGGGUUCCGGGAGCAGCGUGCUGGCCACCGCCAAGUCGUGGGCGUCCAAGCUCAGCACCGAGAUCAGCUCGGGCGACUUUGAGACGGUGUCGGCGUCUUGGGUUGCCGGGCUGAGCCUCGACGACCCAGAGGCGCAGGCACUUGAGUGGGCGUCGGAGAGCAACAAGUUUGUGUGUUCCGUUGUCCUGCCUAAGGGUCGUGCGGCUGUUGAAGGGUUGGAAAUCAGCGGGGCGUAUACGACGAAUGCGCAGCCUACUGUGAGCACGCAGAUUGCGAAGCAGGGUUACAGACUUGCAAAGUGGCUGGAUGCCAUCGUUGCCCAACUUGCUUAA